AUGAAUCCAAAGCUACUCCUCGAAGAGCUCGACAAGCGUUUCUCCACCCAGGACAACCGCUUCGACAACCUCGAACGCCAGUUCACGACCAACGCCAACGCCUGCACCACCUACAUCCAGGUGCUAGAGAAGGUCGUGCAAGUGUUCGACGGAUGGCGCCCCGACAUUGAAGGGAUCGUGGAUGAUCUGAAGUAG